CGAUGGCCAAGGAAGUCAGCUUUCAGAGCUCAAGAGCAGAUCAGACUUAAAUUCAUUAAACAUGGCAUGGAAGACCAGCAGCCUAAUGCCAAUGUACAGAUUUCUUCUCUUAGUGAUUUUAUUUCUGCCACAUGAGAUGACAUGUUCUGUUUUAACUGUGAAUGGUAAAACUGAAAACUAUAUUCUGGACACUGAGCCUGGCUUCAAAGAAUCUCUGAACUGUGCUGUUCAAAACCAUACCAGAGAAGAAGAAAUUCUCUGGUACCGCGAAGAUGGGAGAGUGGAUUUGAAAUCUGGAAACAAAAUCAACUCAAGCUCUGUCUGUGUCACUUCCAUCAGUGAAAAUGACAACGGCAUCACCUUUACCUGCAAGCUGAGGAGGAACCAGUCAAUGUCCAUCUCAGUGGUGCUGAAUGUCACUUUUCCUCCUCUCCUAAGUGGAAACGACUUCCAAACAGCUGAGGAAGGCAGUGAUGUGAAGUUGGUUUGCAAUGUGAAAUCCAACCCCCAGGCUCAAAUGAUGUGGUACAAAAACAGUGGCUUCUUGAAUUUAGAGAAAAAACAUCACCAAAUCCAACAGACAAGUGAGUAUCUUCAACUGUCAAUCACCAAAGUCAAGAAAUCUGACAACGGAACCUACAGCUGUAUUGCAAAUUCACUUAUGGAAACGAAGACCAAGGACUUUCACCUUAUUGUCAAAGAUAAAGCUUCAUCUGUACCAAUAGAACCCAUUAUUGCUGCAUGUAUUGUGGUCUUUCUGACCUUGUUAUUUGGACUGAUUGCCAGAAGAAAAAGAAUAAUGAAGCUCUGCAUGAAGGAUAAAGAUCUUCAAAGCAGAACAGCUCUAUGAAAAAGCCAAGAUGACAUCUAAUACAGCAAGAGUUUUGCAUCAGGACCUCCUUGAUUUAUGUAGUCCCGUCUGUAUUUAUUGCUAUUACUAAGCUCAUUCCUGUCAAACUGUCA